UCCCCGUUGUUUGACAGUGAUUCUCAGUCCAACACAAAACCAGAAGUCUCCAGUUUUGUGUAUAUCCAAAGCUUUCUCUUACUGAGUUGUAGUUUCCCAAUGAAGCAUUCUCCCCAAGAUUUUAUAACAACCCAUCCUUGGAUGAUGGCUCAGCAAUAGAUGUAGUGACCUCCUCUCCAAGUUUCAGAGUCUUCCUCUCCAAGUCUCAAGUAGACCAUAAAAAGAGCUUUGGGACUCAUUCUGAUCCACACAACAUACAAUCUUCUCCCACGGAUUUUGCUUGGGUAUUCGUUCUACGUUAAUAUAGUGUUCAGCAUUGUGUCAGAGGAAUGGAGGAGCAAGCUCUGAAGAUUCAAUCUAUAUUCAUUUAUCCGAUCAAAUCUUGUCGUGGAAUCUCUGUCUCUCAGGCAACUGUAACUCAAACUGGAUUUCAAUGGGACCGGUAUUGGUUAGCUGUGAACUACAAGGGAAGAGCAUACACUCAAAAAGUUGAGCCAAAGCUUGCUCUUGUUGAAUCUGAGCUUCCUAAGGAAGCUUUCUUUGAAGACUGGAAGCCAACAAAGAAUUCGUUUUUGGUGGUAAGAGCUCCUGGAAUGAGUCCUUUAAAGAUUCCAUUGACUAAACCAAGCUCGGUGGCAGAAGGUGUGUCCAUGUGGGAAUGGUCUGGAUCUGCCUUUGAUGAAGGAGAAGAAGCUGCUAAAUGGUUUUCUGAUUAUCUCGGAAAACAAAGCCGUUUGGUUCGGUUUAAUAAAGAAACUGAAACUAGACCUUCACCUCCUGAGUAUGCAGCUGGUUACUCUACCACAUUUGCUAAUACAUUCCCUUUCAUGGUUUCUUCACAGGCUUCUUUGGACAAGCUGAAUACAAUUCUUACUGAACCGGUGCCUAUUAAUCGCUUUCGACCCAACAUUCUGGUCGAUAAUUGUGAUCCUUUUGGUGAAGAUCUUUGGGAUGAAAUCAAGAUAAAUGAUCUGGUCUUCCAAGGAGUUAGGCUAUGUAGCCGCUGCAAGUUGCCAACUGUGAAUCAAGAAACCGGAGUUCCAGAUGCAACUGAACCAAUUGAAACUCUGAUGAAAUUCAGAUCAGACAAAGUCUUAAUGCCACACAAGAAACCGCAUGGAAAAGUUUUCUUUGGUAAGGAUAUGGUUUGGAAUUGGAACACAACCAAUAACCAAGGCAAAGGCAGUAAGAUAAUCAAAGUUGGUGAUUCCAUCUCUGUCCUAAGGAUGAUCUCUUCCGUAUCUGAAGCAGCUGUUUAAAGUCGAAUCGAAUAUAAACAUUUUGCUUCUUCUGUUGUGUUGUUAUCUCUAAAUAAUUUUUUUUUUGAAAAGAUGCUUUCUUGCUCAUGUAAACUUAGAAACUUCACUUGUUCUGAGUUUUCACCAUGUUCAUGUGUGAUUUCAUUGGUUUGAAUUGUCUCAGUUAUUCUUAACCUUUUAAAACCCGAGUACUUGGAUUAAAUCUUGAAAAGUAAUAAAAAGGAUCCUUCACCAGGUUCUUGAA